GUAGCACUGCGAUGUUAAUCUGGGGAGAUAAUAUUCAGAUUAUUAAAGAUUUCUCUGUUCUAAACAGAAACAGUGACCGUCAGCUUGGUUUUAUUCUGAAAAGCCCAGCCGGAAGUGUGUUGCAGCAGCGUCGUCAGCUUGCUGAUGAUGACAUCAUGGAGGUCCGUCUCUGUCUGCGACAGGACUCCUUCAGCCGGAGACGCUCCGCCUAAACCCGCUUCAGUCGGUGAGAAGGAGCGCCUGGUUCUGGUUCUGGUUCCGGUCCGGUCCGGCGUUACUGGGUCACAGCGAGCUGCUGCCAGCCGGGGCAGAACAGACCGAGGACGGACUGACCUGUUGGAGCCGGAGAAUUAAACCCAGAUUAACCGGAACCAUGCUGGCCCGGUUCGGCUGAUGUUCUGAGUGGAGAGAUGCAGCAGAAGUUGUGCUCCAGAGGUUCUGGCUCCUUCCUGUUGGAGAGGAACGGCCAGGCCUGCGGCGCCCUCCCGGACUCCGUCACUUCCUGUGAGCUCCCGUUCCGAUGCCCCCGAUGUGGCGAGCAGCAGCGGUUCCGCAGCCUGGCCUCGCUGCGGGCCCACCUGGAGUACCGCCACUCCUACCGCUCUCCGGACGUGGUGUCUGGAGACUUCAGCAUCACGGGGUCGCACCCCGACCCACUGGCGGCCGCCAUCGCCUGGCAGGACGCCAGCCUCCCGGCCCGCAGGGGGCAGCACGGCGCCGCGCGGCCGCCUCACGUCCGCUCCCUCAGCGACAGCAGAGACAGCGGCUACCUGCACUCCUACGGCGCGGUGAGGAGGCGCACCCAGAGCGUCGGCGUGGGGACGCAGGAGGAAGAGGUGGAUGAUGAAGAUACAGGAGAGGAAGAGGAGGAUGGAGAGGAAGCAGAAGAGACCAGAGACGAGUCGGAAGUCAAACAUUCAGACUCAGGACGCCUCCGUCAUUUCCGGUUCCCUCCGGCGUCCCCGGACCCGGACCUGAACCCGAACCUGGACCUGGUUGCGCAGAGCUCCUACUGCGGCCGGGAGACGGCGGCGGCCUCGGCGGCGGUGCGGCGGCGGCUGGCCGGCAUCCUGCGGGCCGCCGAUGGCACCAUGCAGCGGCGCCUGGCCAAGGUCAGCACGGAGCUGGCCCGGACCGACACCGAGCUGCUGUGUGAGCGCGCCCACUCGCAGCACCUGGCCCAGGAGCGGCAGCAGGUGGCGGAGCGGGAGCGCUCGCUCAGCCGGCAGGUGGACGUGGCCGUCAUGGUGAUCGCCGCCCUGAGGGAGCAGCUCAACGCCUCCGAGAGCGAGCUGGAGCGCCGGGAGAGGGAGGUUCUGACCAUCCAGAGGUUCCUGGAGGCCGCGGCCCGCCAGGAGACCAGCGGGAAAGUCCGGAUCCAGCGCUUCAUCGAGAACCUGCUGGGUCGGAUCGCGCUGGCGGAGAGGCUGGUGGAGUAUUACCAGGCGCAGGGCGAGCGCCACAAGCAGCAGCCUGACGACGGCCGACACAGAAUCACUAAAAGCAGGUCCGCCGGGGAUCAGCUGUUCUCCGGUCUCCAUGACAACAGGACUCAGUCGUCCUGCCGGUUCGGCGGCGGGCCGCCGGGCUCCAAAGCGGGUCCGGACCGGGACCGGGAGCGCCAGGAACGCCUGGCCCAGUCCUCCAGGCUGUUCUGCCGGCCGGAGCACAGAGACGACAUCUGGAACCAGCAGCGGCGCCGGUCCACCGGGUACGAGGCCUAGAACUGUGGAGACGGCCCAGACAGACGGGCCUGAGCAGAACCUCAGCAGAACCGGCAUCCCUUGGUUCCUGUAGGCGCUGAAUCGAAUUCUGCUGGUACCUUUUAGUUCUGGAUGUUUGUCUGCUGAGGUGAAGUGGACCAGAAAACAACCCGGUUCUGAUAGUUAGCAGAACCAACAGAAGUACCAACUGGACCAGGCUAAAUGUACCAGCUGUGUUCGGUUCCGGAUCAAACCUCUACAGGGCGGUUCUGGUUCUUCAUACAUCAGCACAAACCGAUCGGGUCAGAACCAAAGUAUUUAUUAAUCAGAAACUCUCCAUGUCCUCGGGUUGAACCUUUUCAUUCUGACCCGGUUCUGCAGAUUUCUCUGGGCUCGGUUGCUUUUUCUGUCCGGUUUUCCAGACGACGGAUUCAACAGUUUCCAGGUUCUGAUCCAGGUUCUUCUGGACCUUAAAGAUGUGAAUCAACAUCCUGAGCAAAUAUUUUCUGUCCAACAACAGAUGUUGACCCGGUUGGUGUUCAGUUGGUUCUGAUGGUCCGAUCGUAACCACCGUGUGAAAAAUGGGUUUAAAUGAUCUAGAACCCAACAGAACCGGAAGAGAAGGUUUGUGUUCUGAACCAGCCGAUCCUGAUUGGUGGAAAAUGUUCCGGAUGUUUCCUUCAUUCAGGUUCUGGUUCUGAUUUAUUAAAUGUUCUGUAAAUAAAACGACUCAAUAAGCUGGAAGACGACGGACAACAACACCGAAUCCUGACAAGUUUCCCUCCAUUUUCUCUCCUGUUGCAGUGGAGUCAGCAGGUGGACGGGUCACCUGGACGGGUCACCUGACCGGUAACCUGACGGGUCACCUGACGGGUCACCUGGCGGGUCACCUGACCGGUAACCUGACGGGUCACAUGGACGGGUCACCUGACCGGUAACCUGACGGGUCACCUGACGGGUCACCUGGACGGGUCACCUGGACGGGUCACCUGGACGGGUCACCUGACCGGGUCACCUGACCAUCGCAGGGCCACACAGAGAGUCUCUCUCACCGAGGGAGAAUUUAAAGAACCCAGCUAACCUGACGUGUUUCUGUACUGGGAGGAAACCGGAGAACCAGAGAACCCAGCAUGGAGACUCCAUGCAGAAAGACCCCAUCGGGAAUCGAACCCGGGACCUUCAAGGCAACAGUGCUACCCACUGCUCCACUGUGCAGCCCCCGGCCUCCCCCCACUUAUUUCUGCUCUAUUUUCUGGUGGAAAAUCUUAAUGCACUGAAAAAAGGCAAACUUAUUACAAGGAGGGAAAAUGUUUUGUUACCAGUAGAAUAAUCGACCACUAGUCAUUUCUCACUGGUUAGUUUGGUCUUAUUUCAAAUGUAUGAAGAUAUUUACACUAAAAUCUAAACUAAAAUACUUGGUAAGAUUUGGUGUUUUUGCAGUGUGAAAUAAUGUUGAGAAAAUUUUCACCAACAAACUGAAAUUUCCAAAUUAAUUUAAAUUAUUCUUGGAUUUUUACUGAUUUGGAAAAUUUGUAAAUUUGCAAGAAAAAAAAGAUUAAAAAGCAAAAAUAUACAACAUUUAUAAACUAGAUUAAUCUAGUUUAUAAAGAUUAUUAAUAGUCACAGAAUAAUCUGACUAUUUUUAACGGAAGGUGAUGAUAUCCUAAUCUAAAAUCAGACGUUUCUGCCUCGUAAUCAAUUAAAAUUUUUAAUUUUCUCAUUAAUUUACAACUUUUCACACCAGUUUUUAUUUCUUGUAAAUAUGUGAAGCUAAUUUAUAAAUUUCAGAUUUUUUGGUGUAAAUUUUCUUCGAUCUAAAAUCGCCCUGAUGCUUGGCCAGACGCUCGUCCUGAUGGUGGUUUAGUGGUCGCCAUGGUAACCCCUGACCUCUGACCUGUCCUGUAAUGGAGGUUUUAGUUUUUCUAGAACGCUGUUGAAUGUUUGGUGGAAGGUAGAAACCCGUCAUGUCCAGCCUCCGUGGUAAAGCAUGCUGUAGCUGCUGGUGUCUCUAUAUCCUGCUGUGUGUUUUCUAGCAGACUAACUUUAUUUUGGCGGUCUGAGCAGGAAGUUGCACUUUGCUGGUUGUUUUCAGGCCAGGAGAUGAAUGUAGCCGACAAUCAGCUCCCCAAACGGGUCGCUGACCGGGUCUGUUCUGAGAGGCCGCUGGGUUUCCAUGUUGUGUUCGUGUCGCGUGUUCUUCCCUCGGCCUGGUUCGGUCCGUUUGGACCCGGCUGGGAGGAGUAAUCUCUAGUUUGGUGCCUUCGCUCCAGAACUCUGUAGUCUGUGAAACACUGUGAGGAGCUGCAGUCUCUGUCCUGUCAUGAUGUUCGAUCGAUUAAAGAACAAACAUGAGACCAA